CGCCCUCCCAUGACGUCACAGUCACUGUUGACAUUCUGUUCGCCGCCAUUUUGUGUCUGAACCGGAAAAGACGACAAGUUGCAGAAUGGACACCGCGUCUGUCCUCACGGCUCAGUCUUGUCCGCAUCUGUAAGCGCCACACAAAUAGCCUUUACAUUUAGGACUCCUGCGGUACACGUAGCCAGAGAUCUGGUAUUGUGACAGAAAGUAUUCUAUCUACUUGAUGGCCAUGGGCUCAGAAGAACCAUUGAGCAUAGAUGUUGUGAGGAGGUCAGAUCUCUUUCCUCCAGUUAUCCUGGUGUCAGAUGACCCAAAUCUUCAAGUGCCAUUUCCAUGUCUGGUUGGAGAGCAGCCACGCUACAUUGGCCGUUCAGCAGAAGGAGUGAUAACCAUCACCAACUUCCGUAUAAAUGUGUGCCAGCGCAAGUCUUUUGUCAACAUUCCCCUAAGAUUGGUGGAGUCAGUGGAGAUCCGAGACAUCUUUUAUUUGGUGCUCUUUUGUAAAGAUGCUACAACAGUCAGGUGCUUAUUCUCCACCAAUGAAGACUGCCAACAGUGGUAUAAACGAGUUAUAGAGACGACAGCAACCCCUAAAGACCUUGGUGCUAUCUUUGCUUUUGUCUUCUAUGCCAAGAGCUGUGAGCACCCUGCAUUAGUGUCUCCCACACAAGAAAGCAGCAGUGCCUCAGAGAGUGCAGCCCAGCUAUGUGCACCAUUGGAUGAAUCACAAGCGUAUUCCUUUGGUAAAGAUGUGGAGCGAAUGAAAUUUGACAUAAGCAACAAGAAAGCAUGGCGAAUAUUACAGAUCAAUGACAACUAUAGUGUCUGUCGAUCAUAUCCACGACUGCACAUUGUUCCUCAGUGCAUCUCAGAUGAAACAAUGAAAAAUGUAGCCAGCUUUCGUUCCAGCAAUCGCUUUCCUUCCAUCGUUUGGAGAGACCAGCGUAAUGGAGCAGUUAUUGUGCGCUGCAGCCAACCAGAGCUUGGGUGGCUGGGAUGGAGAAAUUAUGAAGAUGAAGCUCUGUGCCGUAGCAUUCCAGAGACUUGUGCCAGAGACCCAGGUACCCUGGGAUUGGAAGAAAAGCGAGAUAAUAACAGGCCUGUGGGCGUGCCGAAGAUGUUGCUGAUAGACUGUCGGUCAUACAGUGCUGCCAUUGCCAAUAGAGCAAAAGGAGGGGGCUGUGAGAGCAGUGACUACUACACCAAUUGUGACAUUCAGUUUAUGAAUCUGCCAAAUAUACACACCAUUCGCAAGAGCUUCCAGUCCCUAAGGAUUUUGUGCAGCACAUACCCUGACCACGCUAACUGGCUGUCCGGUUUAGAAGCCUGCAAGUGGCUGCAGUAUGUUGGCGCCAUUAUUCGUGUCACACUGACUGUGGUCACAGCUAUAGAUGUGGAAGCAAAACCAGUUCUGAUUCAUUGCUCAGAUGGCUGGGACCGAACCCCACAAGUCUCUGCUCUGGCACAAUUGCUCCUAGACCCAUUCUAUCGCACCAUACAGGGGUUCCAGUGGCUUGUAGAAAGGGAGUGGCUGGCCUUUGGUCACAAAUUUGCAGAUCGCUGUGGCCAUACAGUUGCAGCAGAUGAUCCCAAUGAGAGGGCACCAGUGUUCCUGCAGUGGCUUGACUGCGUUUUCCAAGUGACACAGCAGUUUCCAUGUGCAUUCCAGUUCAAUGAAGCAUUUCUGGUAAAACUGGUACAGCACAGCCACUCCUGUCUCUUUGGCACUUUCUUGUUCAACACUAUUUGUGAGCAAGAAUGUGAGACAUCAACCAACCCUACUGCUUCUGUGUGGUCCUUGCUGCAUCCCAGGAACCCCAAGUUUCUCAACCCAUUGUAUUGUCCUACCCAGGACAAACAUGUGCUGUAUCCAGAGUAUGGGAUGCAUCGCUUGCAGUUGUGGUCUUCAGUUUACCUGUCUAGCAACUCUCUUCAGACAUCAACUGCAGAUGACUUUGGUGCUACCCUGGAACAGGUGCAGACACCAGAUAAAGAAACUACUCUUCCCAGGACAAGGUCAUGUGAGAUCCUGAAUCUAGCUGCUUGUGCGUCGGACCCUACCUCUGCUCUUGGUCGGCGACUUAGUGACCCCAACGUAGCUUGUGGAGAGCACCUGGCCCUUCUCAACAAGGAAGUUGACUCUAGUGAGACUAAGUACCUAGAUGACAUCAGUCCUCUCAGCAAUGAUUUAGACAACACCAAGAAGACAGACAACUCUGAGCAAGGUUAUACUGUUGACUGUAGUACUGCUAGUGCUGAUAACACUGAACUGUCCAGAUCCUCCAGUACAGCAGAUGUCAGUGAUGUCAUAAGUGCCCCACUUCCAGAAGUAUUGGAUGUGGCCCAGAAAAUGAAUGGCCUAGCAUGGGGUUUUCCGCUGCUAGCAGAAAGGGAAGUCAGCAGGGAAGACAUGAUAGCUGACCAUGAUGCAGAGUGUGACAGCAGUAUGUGUAAAGAUGAGAAACUCCAUAAGCUGUACUUUGGCAGUUGUGUUUUCAAUGGUGAUCCAGAAAAACUUAGUCAUUUAGCAUGCCAAGGUGAGGCUUGUGGCAACGUACAAGAGACACUGGAUCCGCUAGCAGAACAAGAUAACAUUUAUAACAGUGUGCCUGGACUGAGUGCUGAAGCCAGUAGCGAGAACAUAGCCAUAGAGGGACCAGAGCUGCAUGAAAAUGUAGCAGACACAGCUGAUGUUGCAGAGAUUUUACCUGCAGCAAUCACUGACUGCUUAGCGGAUGGUUUACCAGCAGCUACCUCCAACCGCUCAGUGGAGAGUUCCACAGAUACACUGACAGGAGAGGUUAUGGAGGAUGUCAUUGUUUUGAAGACAAGACUGUGCCAUAAGGAUAAUCUGUUCUGCAUGAAUCAGAAUGGCCUUUUGUUGCUGAAAGAAGCUGAUUCUGAGAAGGAGCAGGGUUUAAGGGAGGCUAGGAGAGGGGUGCAAGGAAAAGUAGACUUCAGCCUACCAUCUCUACCACUGCAGGAGCAGAAGGUAGAAAUGGGCUUGCAGGCACUUCACUUGCUGCAACAGAAGAGCAGUAGCAUGAGCACAAGCACAACGGACAUCAGUGACUCAUCCAUCAGCUCUGCUGUCUGUCCAGCUUCUGGUUUGGGCCUUCACGUACGUCUCAGCUGUAGUGGAGGAGUUUGCGGAAUGGGUGUGGCUGGGAAACACACUCCAACCUCCUCAGAGGUUUCUCUCUCCGGGAGUUCUUUAGGACCCACACCUGUCAACUCAUGCACACCCACAUCUACAUCCUCCCCCAUGGCAGUUACUGACAGUAAGGAGUCACCACUGUGUUGGCAGUUAAAUGGUAUUGGUCGACAUCUGGAUUGUGAUGGAUUGACGCGGUUUGUGGAUCCCAUCAUAGAACGUGUGCAACAAAUGGAAAUGGCAUACCAGCAGCGCAUUGCUGACCUUGAGAUGCAGCUAGGUGUCAUGAGACAGAACCUCUUGCAACUUGCACCUUGCUGUAAUGGUGCUGGGCGUGCCAUCAUAGAUCCGUCAGAUCUCCAGGGAUUUCUACAUGAGUCACCUGAUGGUGGAGAAAUGUCAUCUCUGGGCACCGUCAGCAACCCAGCAUCGGAUGUCAGCUGGGAACAAGUUGAUGAGCGUGACAGCAAGAUUACACUGUGGGUCCCUGACCAUGUGGUAACACACUGUGCAUCUUGUGAUUGUCCUUUCUGGCUGGGUCGCCGCAAACAUCACUGCAGGAAUUGCGGAAAGGUUUACUGUGGCCCCUGUUCCAACUACUUUGCCCCAGUACCAGCUCAGCAUUUGGUGGAACCUGUUCGUUUGUGUCAUAGAUGUUAUGGUUCUCUGCACCACCAAGGACCAGGGGCAGCCUCUGAUGACAGUCGCAUCGCAGCCAUAGUGGUGGCCGAAUAAUGAAUCCAGCACUGAAAUUUUUAGUGUUUUCUAAGUUUACAACUAGUUGCAUUAUGAUUACAGUCACCUGGGCAAGUGUGGUGAUGGUUACUGUCAUGAGUUUACUGACACAGUUACUGUUUAUUAGUGUAACAAUGCUUGUAUGUGGAAGUUUCAGAUUUAUUGGUCACUCUCCAGUGUCAAGUGUAGGGAACUGUAAUCAUCAUCUGUAUGUUGACAGUAAAUGCCAGUCUGUGCAGCUACAGUAGUGGUAACAGAAUUUGUUUGCAAGAAAAAGAUGGUUUUACGGUGCACUUUAGCUGUACCAACUGAAAUUCUCGGUGGGCGGCUGGUUGACUACGUUCAGCACAAGAGUCAGUAAGAGGCAAAGCACUGUUGCAGCUGCCUUGAUGAGGAGCCUACAUUGCCAAUGUGAAAUGCAGACCCAUCAUUUGAUCCCACUGUAACUAGCACAAGUCUGCUGAUCUGUGCACUGGACUCUGGUGAUAUCCAUCAGUUUGUACUUGGUCAUCAUGAGACCUCUUACUUUCAAGUAUUUAGCUGAUGAAGUUUGGUUUAGAGUGCUUGCAUGAACAGUAGAGCUGGCACUCUUGUCAGGACAGGCACUGCUGGCAACUCCUAGAAAGGACGUGCAGCCUUCGUCAGUGCUGUCAAAAUCCUUGAGGCUACCUUCUGUGUUUUUUCUUUCAAUGGCUGUUACUGAAACUAUAACAAGAGACAGCCUAGACCAUGUGGACCAUUUAAAGUGAAUUGCUGUGCUACUGUUGUGCUUCACAUUAACUACUGUGCAUUUGUUGCUGCUGUAUAGGAUUUGCACAUAGUAUGAACGUGUCAUACACAGUAGAAUCCAUACUUUAAAAUCAGUUUCCCAAUGACAAAUAAUCAACAACAAAAUUCCAUGUGUGUUGACCACAAAAUUCAAAUAUGUAUACUACGAAUGUUGCAGACUGGAGAAAUGAGAUGGAUAAAAUAAAGCCAAAUCUGUAUUAUUGAGACAUCUUUUUGAGAGCAUGAACAAAAAAAAUUACAUUAAUUAGGAAGACUUUCAUAGUCCAGCAAUCUGUCAUUUAGGUUAGCUUGCUGAAAAUGUUGCUGCAUAUUCCACACAGGGUGCUGGAAAUGUUGAGCGGGCAGGGACAAUUGUUACUUCAUGACACUGACUGAGACUUGAAUGUUCAUCCUCAUAUAGCUGAUGGAUAAUGCUGGACUGCCUUCAAAACUGACAGCAUGACAGACUUGUGUAUCAGCUCACUUAUUCAGACUCCUCUUCCUCACAGAUAAUUGGACUGUCUUCAAUGCUGACGGCAUGAUAGACUUGUAUAUCAGACUGCCUCCAACAGUGACAGCAGGAGACACUGUGGACCAUAAAACUGAGAGACAGGCAGGGGAGAAAAAUCCAAUAGCUUAUAAACAUCCUUUUAAUAGACAAAGACGGACCCCCCAAAAUUUCAUUAUCAUGUGGGACAAUUUCCUACAUGCUAACUGCAUAGGAUAAUUUCCUACAUGUUGACUGAUGAGACAAUAUCACACAUGUUGACUUCAUGGGAUAAUUUCAGCAAGUUCACUGACCAUGACCUACAUUUUCACUGAUUCAUGCUGCAAACUCUGUGGACUGUUUCUAUAGAACAGAUUUUUGGAGAAGAAAACAGUAAAGAUUGUGACAAGGCUUGUGUGUUCACCAUGUCAGAUUUUGUGAUGUAGUUUGUAGCAUGUGCAAGCGAACAUUUCAUCCUUUGUUUUUCAUCAAUGUGCCUGAUACCUAGCAACAUAUUUUGAUGCAGUGAGAUUACCUCUGGGAAUCUGGCAUAUGAAAAAUGAUGUUUGUUAAUGAGGGAGCUUCAUUGACCUGUGUAUUUACCUUUGUAUUGACCUGUAUAUUACCUGUGGGAAACAUAAGAGAAAUGAGCUUUACCGUUACCUGUUGAAAUAGGUUGAUAAACACUGCUUUAUUACCGAAGAGGGUGACUGGACUGUAUGUGCUGAGCAAAGUAAACCCAUGCUUUGCCUUCAGGAUCAAGGUUAAGAUGAAGCUUUCAGCAGUGCUAGGGUGUAGAUGAAUUGUGUGAUGUGAAUUUGAAAGCGCUCUUGUCAAGGAGGGUCAUUCGUUUGUAGACAAAGGGUGCUAGAGAUGAACAAGUGUAAGUUUACUUCAUGUAGCUGUUUGGGUUAUUACCAACAGCAAGAAGCAUAUUGCACAGCAUGCAUUUGUAAAUGUAUGUAAUUUUUUUUUUCUUUUCCUUGUCCUGUAUUGCAUUCUUUUAUUCUCUGUUUGGUCCAUUUUCUUCUUGCUGUCAGUUGCAUCACACCCUAACCAGUGCAGCAGCUUCGUUCUAUCAGCCUAUUAGCACAGCUGUUUAUUGCCUUGUGCAGUGGUCUCUUGGUAGCUCUCUCGAUUUGUUAGCAUAACUAUUUAUUACUUUAAAACUGCCUCAUUACUCAGAGUAGUAAUUUUGUCACCCUCACGCCUUGGGCUAAACAUAGCUUCACAUUACCUUUCAUUAGAGACUCAAAGUAUCACCAUUUCUGUCACUUAACACAUCAGAGCUUCAUGCUACCUGCUCAGCCAGAUCACAUUAAAUUCAGCCUGAUGUGGAUCAUGAUAGAUCUGCUGCCAUUACCAUCGGAAUCCAUGGUUAUGCACAGUAGGGUCUGUAGCAAACUUAGAUGACAGUAUGUAUAUGCUGAAUACCUAGGGCACAUCUAACCUCAAGGUGCCUCAUCUGUCAAGUCUGUCUCUUGUUGCAUUGAUUCUUUAACAGUUAUUAAACUAGUUAUUAACCCUUAACCCAACAUCUGAUGUGCAUUUUCAGUAUUUUCUUACUUUGUUCUUUAGGCUGUUAAAAUGUUCAUAUAUGCACAGUUUUGGAGAGAAAAUGUGUCAGCAAUUCAUACUUUGUAGUUAACUGUCAUUUUUUUUUUAAGUUAUGAAUUCUGUCUCAUUUAGUCAGAGGUGAUGCCAACUGUGCAGGUGUGAGGAAGGCAGAAUAUUAGCCUGUUUGGCGUAAAUGAGCACUGUCUACAGGAAUAGCAUCAGACUGUGGUCAGAGAUAGACAUUAAAGAUUCAAGUUGCAAGCAGCAUGCUUCCUGCUUGCUUUGUGCACCAGACUGGGUGACAGUACUAGCUGCAUGCAUGACCUGAGGAACUAAGGGUGGGACAUGAUGAAUUUUCUUGUCAAAAGUGCUUUGUCCAGUGUCACUGUAACUUUAGCAAAUAGCAUACUUCUGUUGUUGGGGGAAAAGGUAAACAAAUAAGUCAUGUGAUAGCAGAGCUCCCAUCACCACAAACUGCCAUGUUUGAUAACCCAGUAGCAUCAUGCAGUUUGACAUUUAUAAAAAAAAUGUCAUGGCUUCUCUGUUUAUGCUAGUUGAGAGGGGAAAUAAUUUUUUGUGGUGUGUGUGAUGGGCUAACUGAUGAGCAGUUAAUGCAAUAAAACUGAUAGCCAUCUAUUCUGUUGGCUGACAGAG